AUGAGUUCAGAAUAAAGAGUGAAAUUAUUGCAACAGCAAUUUGAAGCAUACAAAGAAAUGAAUGAAUAGUAUCUAAUCCUUGUGAAUCUCUUUAACAUUAUAGAAGGUUGAAUAAUAUAGCUAUUGAUCUAUUCUAUGGUAAUAAUUGGAAAUAUCGAUAGAAGUUAUUUGAUAUAGUGAAAGAUAAUUAACAUGUUUUCAAACAUCAGCAUCUUGAGGAAUCUACAAGAGAAGAAUAAAGAUAUUAUUCCUUUUAAGCUAUGAGACAUUUUCAUUAAAAACUUGGAGUAACAUAUGACUUUUUUUUAUCUGAUCCAAAUAUAGUAACAAUAACAUCUGUUGCAAUGUAUAGUUUUGACCCAGGAGUUUUUGUUAAAUUUGGAGUUCAUUUUUCACUAUAUACAAAAACAAUUAGGAACAGAUAAACAUAAGUAAUAUUUUGAAAAUGCAUAAACACUUUCAGAUAUUGGUAGACUGAAUUAGGACAUGGUUCUAAUGUAAGAUAAAUUUAAACUACUGCAAUAUAUGAUAAAGAUACUUAAACUUUCAUAAUUAAUACACCAACAGAUUUAGCAACUAAAUUUUGGAUUGGAGCAACUGCCAAUUUAGCUAAUAUGACGUUGUAUUUGCUUAACUAUAUAUUGAUGGCAAAUAAUAUGGAGUUCAUGCAUUUUUAGUUGAAAUCAGAAAUAAAACAAAUCAUAAUGUAAAAAGUGGAAUCGCUAUUGGAGAUUGUAGUCCAAAAAAUGGAUUGA